GACUCGUGAUGCAUCGGGUCUGUUGGUGCAGUCCUGAGGAGGGCGGAGACAAGGAGGAGUCAGCAGGGAGGUUAUAAAAGCACCUACGCAGAAGUUCUUUCACCACCUUCCACGCACUCACUAUCCGGCGAUAUACCCCUUGACCGUCCUCUGCGGCUUUUGAAGCAGUAGGUCAGACAACGACGCUAACACUGGAGCUGUAAAAUUAACUACGGGGGCUCCCGUUCAACGCGCCGCAUCAAGCUGACCAGCUAGCGCAGUGUAAUCACUUGCGACUCUCUCUGAAACGAUAUUUCUGUUUCGGAGAAGUGCAAAUUGAUAUCCCAAGAAAAAUCACUGCCGCCGCCACAUAUCCACCAAAAAUCGAAAAUCGAAUAAAAAUGGUGCAAAAUAAGAUCACCGAAAUCACUGGGUUCCAUCGCUCUUUCAAGGGCCAAAAUCCCUUUGAAUCUGACGACUUCACCAAAAAUGGAUCCCUUAUUGACUCAUCCUUUAAUUUUGAUUCCUCCCCAAGACAUGACAUACCUUCCAGCCAGCCUAUCGACAUCCCCGAUGCCAAGAAGAGAAACAAGAAGAAAAAGCGUUGCCGGGCAACUGACAGUUUCUCAGGGAGAUUCGAAGAUGUCUACAGACUGCACGAAGAGCUACUAGGAGAGGGUGCUUAUGCCCGAGUGCAAACAUGCUUCAACCUCAUCACCAACAAGGAGUAUGCUGUCAAGAUCAUUGAGAAAAGACCGGGUCACAGCCGCAGCCGUGUCUUUCGAGAGGUUGAGAUGCUCUAUCAGUGCCAGGGACACAGUAACAUCCUGGAGCUGGUAGAGUUCUUUGAAGAGGAAGACAAAUUCUACCUGGUGUUUGAAAAGCUAAGAGGAGGCUCCAUCUUGGCACACAUUCACAAACGACGACACUUCAGCGAACAGGAAGCCAGUGUUGUCGUACAGGAAAUCGCCAGUGCUCUGGAUUUCCUGCAUAACAAGGGAAUGGCACAUAGAGACCUCAAACCCGAAAACAUUCUCUGUAAGAGUGCAGACAAGAUUUCCCCAGUCAAGAUCUGUGACUUUGACCUGGGCAGUGGAAUCAAGCUGAACAGCGACAGCUCACCCAUCUCCACCCCUGAGCUCCUCACUCCUUGUGGCUCAGCAGAGUACAUGGCACCUGAGGUGGUAGAGGCCUUCAGUGAGGAGGCCACUAUUUAUGACAAGCGCUGUGACCUGUGGAGCCUUGGAGUCAUCCUUUACAUCAUGCUGAGCGGCUACCCACCCUUCGUGGGCCGCUGUGGUGGGGGUUGCGGCUGGGAGUUGGGGGAACCCUGCCACACCUGCCAGAACACUCUGUUUGAGAGUAUCCAGGAAGGAAAAUACGAGUUUCCAGAAAAAGACUGGGCUCACAUCUCCUCAAGUGCCAAAGACCUAAUAUCCAAACUUCUGGUUCGGGAUGCCAAAAAUCGCCUGAGUGCCAGCCAGGUGCUACGACACCCUUGGGUGCAGAGGGGCGCAUCUGACACUUUAUCAACAUCAGUCCUGCAUCAAAGAACCAGCAUUGCCAGGGAUCUGACAUUCUUUGCUGACAAAGCCAUGGCUGUGAACCGGCAGCUAGCUGAACAGGAUGGCAUGGAAGACCAGCAGCAGCAGGAAGUCCCGUUUGUUAUUACCACUACUGGCUCUUCUAUUCGCCUCUCCCUUUCUUCCAACUCCAAGCUGGCCCGGCGCCGGCAGCAAAACAGCCAGCCCAAGACGGGGCCCGUUUCUGCGGCAGAGCUCCGCCAGCUGCUGGCCCCUCUGGUUAUUGUGGGAGACUGUGCCUGAACCUUCUCAACCCUGACCUCCGACCUUCUGUUAAGAUUCAAGUCCAGAUCCAGACUACCCUGAGGCUCUCUUAUCAAUUCUGGCCCCCCUCUCCGACUGUUGCUGGCCUUGGUUCCUCUGCCAUUGGGCUUUCUUGCCUCGCUGUAAGGGAGAUGCUGCUUGCAGCCCCUUCCUCUAAAUGCCUUCUGCCCUUCUGCAGCACUUUUGAAGCACAUCAACCCAAGGCCUGCAAACACACGCGCACACACAUGUGCACAUCAAUGUUUGGGAGGAGGGCCAGUUAAUGAUUUGGGGGAGAAGUAUUCUCGAAGUUAUUUUUCUUCAUAAAAAUAAGUUCAGAAGAGAGCAAGAACACUUAUCUUCAAAACUAAGCUCCGACACCAAAGGACAACCUGUUGUGCUGCUCCCACGUAACAACUGGAUCCACUGUGAAAUAAUUUAUCUGGAAUGUUCUCUUUGCCUGUAUGUAUAUGCAUGAAUGGCCCAUCUGCAGAUACGUACAAGCUUAUGCAAUAUGCCGAGUAGGCUGUCCUGUAUCGGAGGGAUUUAUAGGAGGGGUUGAAAGGGCUGUAAGCCAAUGCUGUCCGUGCCUGGUGUGGUCCAUUAAUAUGGCUGGAGACUUAAAGGGUUUUUUGUCUCAAUUUAAGAUAAAUUCCAACACUGAGCGCUUCUUCUAUAAAUUUCUAAGUUAAAACAUGCACUCAUCGAGCUUGGUGACCAUGCACUUAAUGCUCCCAGAGCAAAGAAUGUUUGUCUGUUCACAGCAAGGCACAUCUCAUGCUUACGGCCAUUCAUAGUUUAUUUCAUCUAUGCCAAAUCAGCAGCGCAUCAUUCAGUGUUAAUGAGACCAUACCUCAGAUGGUGUUUGGACUAACAUAUUUUCCUUGGUUUAUGAUGCAUGGCCACCCCAAAAUACUCUGACCUAGUUCUUAAGUAUAUCUGGUUUGUUGGUACAAGCUAAUUAUUGUUGAUUCGCUAAGCUAGUGAAACUGGGUCAGUGUUACUUUCAUCAAAGAAUUCUAGACAUGUCCCUUUGCUGUAACCAGGACUUAAUAAUUAUUAUUAUUUUUCUUUAUUUUUGUCUCUAAAAUUCAAUAGAUUGAACCUUGAAUAUUUUGGCAGUAAGGUUUACAAGCACAUUUUGGCCAAUGUGACAGUAUCUUUUUGUUUAUAGAGUACACACAUUUGGACCCUUUUUUUUCUUUUACCCCCUAAAGGUUCACCGUUCUUUUUGUUUGAAAAACACCAUUCAAAAAAAUUGACAUUACAAAAUCUCAUCACAAAAUAAGAGGGAAAUGAGAUGUCGAAAAAGAAACAUUAAAAAAGGAAACAUUCCACAAAAAGAAAAACAAAAGUCUUCCGGGCACGUAGCUGUUUUAAGUUUACUUUAUUUUUCAUGUUUGAAACUCCAUGUCAUUGUGCCACACUGAUUUCUUUUUCUUUUUUUUGUACGGCUGUUGAUAAGCUUAUUUUCUAUAUAAUGACUUUCAUGCAGGUUCAGUUCAGGUGAAACACCGGAUGUUUUCCUUGUUUUGCAAUUUUUUAAAGUUCCAAGUAUGUGGAGAUGGGAAAGAGUUUAAGUUGAUCUGGAGCGUUCUUGCCCAGUGAAGGAGAGUUUUUAAGUUUUAUUUGUAAGAGUUGGCAAUAAUCUUUUUUUUUUUUUGUUCUGUUAUUCAGAUUAAGUUGAAGCUCAUUCUGAAACGGAUAGGUAAUGGACUGGUUAUGAGGUCUCACAACACUGUAACCAUUUCACCAAAGAGGUUUCGUCCUGAUUGAACAUGUGAUCAUCACCUAGAUAUGAGCAGUGGGGAUUCUGAUAACCCGUGUCCUUUUGCCAGCACUGCAGCGAUGGUACGCUUUGCUCUCUUGGUGUCAUUAUGCUGACAAUGGGACACUGUAAUAGAUCUAAAAUACCUUUCUACAGAUGCAUCGUUAUGGGGUUUUAUGUCUUAUACUAAGACUUACUUGAAUUUGUGUAUGCAGCUGUUUCUUCUCCAUUUGGGAAACUACUUUGCUACAGGUAAAUCUCUUUAAGCAUUAAGCUGAUGAUUAAGGCAAUCUUGGGGUUUCUAAAAUACCUAAUACAGUUCAGUAUUCUGCCUUUGUCUCUUUUUUUGAGCAUCAGACAAGUUGGACCCUACUUUCCUGAAAGGGUCCAAUACUCAAACGCACAGUUUCUGGCCAUACUCUUAACAACCUGGAUGGUAUGAUUAGAGUUCUCUUUGUCAUGACCAUUUCUACUUUUGUCAAACGGCAGUAGCGUUUUGGACUGCGUUUUAUUGGGGCAGGGCAAAUGGGUCAAUGAUAUCCUUAAGCCUCGCAAUUUUUAUAUUGUAAGUCAUUUUGAAGUAAGGAUGUGUUUAAUAUCCAGUCAUUCAUUCAAAUCGACAGUCCAUCAAUCUCCCCAAAUUUGAAUGUAGCCCACAGGCAAAAGCAUUUACAAUCCAGCAACAUUGAUCAAAUGUUUUAUAAAGAGUUCUUCUCGUGGACACUGGAAAUAUCCUAUGUAUGUGUAUUCAGUCCUCAAUCUUUUUUUUAUUGAGAGUUGACAUCUGAUUUUUAUCACUGAAUGCACAAAGACCAUCAUGUCCAUGAAAAGAUAUUUGAAAUAAAUACAUCCUUUCAAAUACGAAACAUAUUUUUGAGUUAAAAUAAGCACUUUACUGUACCAUGUGAAUGAUUGCAGUUCAUUCAAGGCAACAUUUAUGACCGUUGCUACAGAAUUUUGUAUUGUUUUUCUAAAAAAAAAAAAAAAAAAAUGCAAUAAAAUGCUUUAAACUA